GAGUAUUCUAGAAGACCAGGGCCGACUUGACCGCCAUUUAGUUGUAGCUGCCAGUGGCAGACGUAGACCUUUUAACAUAUUUUUUUGUAUAUAUAUAUAUUCUCAAUUUAUUUAUUCUUUGGUUUGUGUGAUUCCAUCUAUUGAUUCUAAUAUGGAGAGGGAGAAAGAACAGUUUCGCAAACUUUUCAUCGGAGGCCUAAGCUUUGAAACUACAGAAGAGAGUUUGCAGAAGUAUUAUGAACAAUGGGGAAAGCUUACAGACUGCGUGGUUAUGAGAGAUCCUGCAAGCAAACGUUCAAGGGGUUUUGGUUUUGUGACCUUCUCAUCCAUGAAUGAAGUAGAUGCAGCAAUGUCAGCACGCCCCCAUUCAAUUGAUGGAAGAGUAGUUGAGCCUAAAAGAGCUGUGGCAAGAGAGGAGUCUGCGAAACCUGGUGCCCAUGUAACUGUAAAGAAACUAUUUGUUGGUGGAAUUAAAGAGGACACAGAUGAACAUCAUCUUAGGGACUACUUUGAGGAAUAUGGCAAAAUAGACAGCAUAGAGAUCAUUACAGACAAGCAAUCUGGAAAAAAAAGAGGGUUUGGAUUUGUGACAUUUGAUGACCAUGAUCCAGUAGAUAAGAUAGUCUUGCAAAAAUACCAUGUUAUUAAUGGUCAUAAUGCAGAAGUAAGAAAAGCAUUGUCGAGGCAAGAAAUGCUAGAAGUCCAAAGCUCACGACCUGGCAGAGGGGGAGGUAACUUUGGUUUUGGUGAUUCACGAGGUGGUGGCAACUUCGGACCCGGACCUGGAAACAACUUCAGAGGUGGAUCAGAUAGUUAUGGAGGAGGACGUGGCUAUGGUGAUGGAUACAAUGGAUAUGGUGGUGGUCAAGGUGGUGGUAAUUUUGGUGGUGGACCUGGUUAUGGGGGAGGCAGAGGAGGAUAUGGGGGCGGGCCUGGCUACGGGAGCCAAGGUGGUGGUGGAUAUGGCGGUGGAUACGAUAACUAUGGAGGAGGCAAUUACGGAGGUGGAAACUACAAUGAGUUUGGAAACUACAACCAGCAGUCUUCAAAUUAUGGUCCAAUGAAGAGUGGUGGGAACUUUGGUGGAAGCAGGAGUAUGGGGGGACCUUAUGGAGGAAACUAUGGUCCAACCGGUGCAAGUGGAGGAAGCAGUGGAUAUGGAGGGAGGAAUCGUUAUUAAUUUUGUAAAUUAAUCCUCCUCUUGGGCUUCACUGUAUAAAUAGGAGAGGAUGAGAGCCCAGAGGUAACACAGCUGAGGUUAUCGAAAUAACAGUUAAGGAGACUCUUUAUCUCAGUCACGCAUAAAACAUGCAGUGAUAUGACAGAAGACACCAGAGCAGAUGCAGAGAGCCAUAUUGUGAAUGGAUUGGAAUAUAUUUAAAUACAUUAUCUUUCAAGGAGGAAGGACUGUAAAAUAUGCCUUUGAGACAGUUUCUUAGGUUUUUAAUUGUUUAUUUGUAGUGGUCUUAGUAAAGAGUGCAGCAGCAUUCCUUUUGAUAAUGUUCCAUUUUUAAGUUUCAGGUGACGUGAAACCUUUUUUUAAGAUUUCUGAACAGGUUAAAAAGCUACUAGCCAGGAUCAUGGUGUAAUAUGAGACUUUUUUUUUUUCUUUUAAUUUUCUUUUAAUAUUUUCAGUGUGUAUAGUUAAGCUGUUGUACACUUUCAUUUAAUAAAAUAAUUCAAAAGGAAAAAAAAAUGUCUUUGUAGAUUUAUGCAUUUGUGUGUUAAUAAGGAGAGUAGUUAUGAAGAAUUUUAAAUGCAAAUGAAAUGUUAAGUGUUUGUUUGCAGUUCUAAGGAGAAAGGUGUAUAUAGAUAACAAAAGGGUGUAUCUGCCAAGAGAAACACCUGUUCAGAUCUUUUAGAUGCAGCUGCUGCUUCAAUGGCAAGGAAAGGAAAAAUCCCCAGCGAGGUACUCUUCCAGGGACACAGGUCUAGUACAAGAGAUCACAUCAGAGCGACUUCUAAGUUCAGCCUUUUUAAAACUGAGCUAAUGUUCUGGAUAAAGAUUUUUACUACUACUCUAGGUUAAGGAUGUCAACGAAAGCUGAGGGGUAGAGCAAAAUAGUGCUAAGCUACAGUUAAACUUCUGUAGGUAAGAACUUAUUUUCUUUCUUUCCAAAGAUAAUUCUACGACAGUGUACGGUAUGAUAGUUGCUAUAUUAAACCUAAUGCAUUUUCAGUUAAAGGGUCACUGAACCCAAUUUUUUUUCUUUCUUUCAUGAUUCAGAUAGAGCAUGCAAUUUUAAGCAACUUUCUAAUUUACUCCUAUAAUCAAUUUUUCUUCGUUUUCUUGCUAUCUUUAUUUGAAAAAGAAGGCAUCUAAGCUAAGGAGCCAGCAACAUGUUUGGUUCAGAACCAUGGACCGCACUUGUUUAUUGGUGCUGUCCAAUAGGCAAGGACAACCCAGGUUGUUCACCAAAAAAUGGGCCAGCAUCUAAACUUACAUUCUUGCUUUUCAAAUAAACAUACAAAGAGAAUGAAGAAAACUUGGUAAUAGGAGUAAAUUAGAAAGUGGCUUAAAAUUGCAUGCGCUAUCUGAACCACGAAAGAAAAAAAAUUGGGUUCAGUGUCCCUUUAAUGAAUACUAAUGCCUAAGUGGAUUUUUUUUUUUUCUCAUUCUGAUAUAUUUUCCUGCAAUGUCUAAUAUGGAUUUUUUUUUUUUUUUCUCUAGCUGGAAAUGUUUUUUUCUCUAAUGGAAAAGCUGGAUUUUGAACAUGGAUAAACAGCUUGGUCUACAAAUCAGACCUUUGAUCAACAUUCAGUUGUACAAGAAGUAGCAGGUAUCUGGCACAGGUAAUAUUUACUGAAAUUGGAGAAUUAACUACAAAUUACCUGGUGCAGUGAAUUUUCAUAAACAAAAAAAAUUCUGUUUUGAGACCUGCUAUAAUGAUCUUUGAAGAUGUAUCAAAAGGAGCAAGCAAGUGUAAAUAUUUGUAUACAUUUAUGUAUACCACAUAAUUUUCUUUUUCAAAGUCAGGCUGGAUCUGACCCAACAGUUUUAUUUGUAUUUUUUUUUUUAAUAAACAUAUUUUCAGUUA